GUUAAAAGGGAAAAUGAAGUACAUUCUGGUUACUGGUGGUGUUAUAUCAGGAAUUGGAAAAGGAGUCAUUGCUAGUAGUGUGGGCACAAUACUCAAGUCAUGUGGCUUACAUGUAACAUCAAUUAAAAUUGACCCCUACAUUAACAUUGAUGCAGGGACAUUCUCUCCUUAUGAACAUGGAGAAGUUUUUGUGCUGGAUGAUGGUGGAGAAGUUGACCUUGACUUGGGAAAUUAUGAGCGGUUCCUGGAUAUCCGCCUCACCAAGGACAAUAAUCUGACCACGGGGAAGAUAUACCAGUAUGUCAUUAACAAAGAGCGCAAAGGAGAUUACCUGGGGAAGACUGUCCAAGUUGUCCCUCACAUCACAGAUGCAGUCCAAGAGUGGGUGAUGAGACAGGCAUUAAUACCUGUAGAUGAAGAUGGCUUGGAACCUCAAGUGUGUGUUAUUGAGCUUGGUGGCACAGUGGGAGACAUUGAAAGCAUGCCUUUCAUUGAGGCCUUCCGCCAGUUCCAGUUCAAGGUCAAGAAGGAGAACUUUUGUAAUAUCCACGUCAGUCUGGUUCCUCAGCCAAGUUCAACAGGGGAACAGAAGACAAAACCUACCCAAAACAGUGUUCGGGAGCUUAGAGGACUUGGGCUUUCUCCAGAUUUGGUGGUGUGCAGAUGCUCAAAUCCUCUUGACACAUCCGUGAAAGAGAAAAUAUCUAUGUUCUGCCAUGUGGAACCUGAACAAGUCAUCUGUGUUCAUGAUGUCUCAUCCAUCUACCGGGUACCCUUGUUGUUAGAAGAGCAAGGGGUCGUAGACUAUUUUCUUCGGAGACUUGACCUUCCUGUUGAGAGACAGUCACGAAAGAUGCUGAUUAAAUGGAAAGAGAUGGCAGACAGAUAUGAUCGCUUGCUGGAGACCUGCUCUAUUGCUCUUGUGGGCAAAUACACCAAAUUCUCAGACUCGUAUGCCUCUGUCAUUAAAGCUUUAGAGCAUUCUGCAUUGGCUAUUAACCACAAGUUGGAGAUCAAGUACAUUGAUUCCACAGAUCUGGAGCCCAGCACCCUGCAGGAGGACCCUGUGCGUUACCAUGAGGCAUGGCAGAAGCUCUGCAGUGCUCAUGGAGUGUUGGUUCCAGGAGGAUUUGGUGUUCGGGGAACAGAAGGAAAAAUUCAAGCAAUUGCCUGGGCUAGGAAACAGAAGAAGCCUUUUUUGGGUGUGUGCUUAGGAAUGCAGCUAGCAGUGGUAGAAUUUUCAAGAAAUGUGCUGGGAUGGCAAGAUGCUAAUUCUACAGAAUUUGACCCUAAGACUAGCCAUCCUGUGGUCAUAGACAUGCCAGAACAUAAUCCUGGGCAGAUGGGUGGAACCAUGAGGCUGGGCAAGAGGAGAACCCUGUUCCAGACCAAGAACUCAGUCAUGAGGAAACUCUAUGGAGACAUAGACUACUUGGAAGAGAGGCACCGCCACCGAUUUGAGGUGAAUCCAGUCUUGAAGAAGUGCUUGGAAGAGCAAGGCUUGAAGUUUGUUGGCCAAGAUGUUGAAGGCGAAAGGAUGGAGAUUUUGGAGUUGGAAGAUCACCCAUUCUUUGUUGGGGUGCAGUAUCACCCCGAGUUCCUGUCCAGGCCUAUCAAGCCCUCCCCACCCUACUUUGGCCUCCUUCUGGCCUCUGUUGGGAGGCUCCCACACUACCUGCAGAAAGGUUGCCGGCUCUCACCCAGGGACACUUACAGUGACAGAAGUGGGAGCAGCUCCCCCGACUCUGAAAUCACUGAACUGAAGUUUCCAUCAAUAAAUCAGGACUGAUCUGAGGCAGUGUGUCCCAGAGGGCUUGGCUGGGUGUGGAGUGGUUUGGAAGAGCUGUUUGGAAUGCUUUUCUGAUGGAGAGUGAUGAAGAUGGCCUCACUAUUGACCAGUUGCCACAUGCCAGCUACCUGUAUAACCUGUCAGCAAAAAGAAAAAUCCCUGGAGUUUGCCAUGGUGCUGGAGGGCGGCCCUCUGUGUCCAAUGACUACCAGACCGCAGGCUUCUCCCUAGCCGGAGGGAACCUGGCAGGCUUCUAUGUCCUUAAUGUGUUCGCCUCAGACCUAGGGGACAAGGGCAGGUGGCAGCUGUGCUUCCUGUGACUACCUGCCUUAGCAGAAACCAGCUUCCAGAGAAAAAUACUUCCGAGGAUGUUGCCUCCUGGACCAGAAUCUAACAUGGGUUGAUGAUACCCAGAACAUUCUCUGGCUUCUUGAGUAAUGACUUAAUUUUUACAUUCAUUUAUUUUGAUUAUCCUGGGGCUCAAGCUAGUGAGCGAAAUGUUCUACCACCGGAGCCACAACUCAGCCUUAGGAGCGCAUUCUUUUCUCUUUUCUUUUCUCCCCCUUUUUUUAUUUUUCCGUUCAAAUAUUUAGACUUCCUUCCCUCCUCCCUAUCCCCUCCCGCUCCCCCACACCCCCUUCUCCCUCUCCCUCCCUGCUUGAGAGAGGGCAGGGAACUGCCCUGUGGGAAGUCCAAGGCCCUCCCUGCUACAUCCAGGCCUAGGGAGCUGUGCAUCCAUACAGAGUGUGUUCUGGCUUUUUAGGAGCGCGUGGAGCCCUGUGAACACCAGUGUGUGGUAAAUGUCUUGAACAUUUCUGAUGAUGUUUGGUCCCUGGCAGCAUUGUAAGUUCUGGUGGGGGUUGUAUUCUGUUUGCUGCAUGGAAAGAUCAGGUUUUGAGUGGUGAGUGGUCCAGGGAGUGUCCAGUAGCUGGUGAGUGGGGCAUGGGAGCUGAAAUUUCAAAACUCGUGUGUGCACGUGUUGAGGAUACAGUGCCUUUUUCUCUUUGAUGCCUACUCUGAAUGUGGCUGAGAACCUCAAGAAAGGGAGAGUGGAUAACUACUUUCGUUGUCUUAUAAAAUGUUAUUUGUCAGUACUUUAAAAGUACCCUUGAUUGUCUCAUUAGGGAAUUAGGUACCUACCACAUGCCUGUGUUCUGAACACAGACCAUAUCCCUGGCCUGCAGCAUGUACUUCAGUGGGAGAAACUGACAUUGCUAUGGAGAGGAAAGGAAGCCAGACACAGUUGCUCCUCUUCUAGAAUAACUAGCUAAGUUUUCCGAAAUCGGGGUUCCUUGGUGGUGUGCCAAGAGCUGAUCAUCAGCCUGUUCGGAGGUGAAGCCACAGCACCUGCAUGAGCAGUGCUGAGGGAGAGAGGUGGUAGCCCAUGUAUGUUUUAUUCCAGGCCUUAGCCCCCAUCUUCCUUAACCUCACAGGACGCAGCAGCUGCAGGACAGGGACCGCCGCUGCUGAAGCUGCUGCUGAAGCUGCUCCUUUUCCACUGUUAGCACCUUCACCUUCUCUUCCAGCUUGCCCAGCUCUAUCGUCCACUUCUGAGAGGACAAGUGUGACAGUGAUAAUCAGGCUGCCAGUCUUCUUUUCUGGGAUGGGCCGUAGCCUGG